UACGCGGUUUCUUUAGUCUUCUCUUUCGAUUCAGAAGUCAACGAUGGAAGCAGAAUCUGCAAUUUUCCACCCAUACAUAUUGCUUUCAAUGGCUUCGCUUCCAUUAAUGACCAACAGUGGACCACUUUCGCCACCCUAUAAAUCUUCCCACUUUCGAUUUCUUUCCCUGAUUUUCCCCCAAUUUCCAAAAUGUAUCCCUCCAAUUUCAAUUUCCCCUCUUCGAUCGCAUUGCUUCUGCUGCUCUUCUUUUGUCUUGUAAGUCAUUCGGCGGCUGAUCCGAGAGCCACGGAGGCGGCUCUCAUAUGUUCCAACAACACGGCUUCCCCGCCGGAGCGAUCCACCUUCGUGACGAAUUUCUUGGCGUCCAUGGAUGCGGUUACUCCUCUAAUUGCUGCGCAGCGAUUUGCGACUGUCGUGAAUGGGACUGGAAACACGACCGUUUACGCUUUUGGUGAGUGUAUGAACGAUCUCUCCCAGUCGGACUGCGAUCUCUGCUUUGCUUCGAUGAAAACUCAGAUCCUGCGGUGUCUCCCCUUCCAACUUGCUACUCGCGGGGGAAGGCUAUUCUUCGAUGGCUGUUAUGUUAGGUAUGAUUAUUAUAAUUUCUUCAACGAAUCUUUGAGUGCAGUGGAUAGGGCUGUAUGUGGGAAGUCGGAUUAUAGUGGGAAUCAGACCAUUUUUAGUGCUAAUGCUAUGGAAUUGGCGAGGAAUUUGAGUGUAGUAGCGCCCAAGAACGACGGGUUUGCGGUUGGAUUGGUGAAUCUGAGAAAUGUUUCCGUCUUUGGAUUGGGUCAGUGUUGGAAAUUUGUGAGAGGGGCUUCUUGUUCGAAGUGUUUGGUUGCUGCUGCUAAGGAAAUAGGUUCGUGUCCUCCAAAAGCUGAAGGAAGGGCGUUAAAUGCUGGCUGUUACUUCAGAUUUUCAACUCAACGAUUUUAUUUCAACAGCACGGCAACUGCCACUGGAGGCAAUGGAAGGAGCCGUUUGGCAAUAAUUUUGGCUUCAGUUUCUGCUGCCGUGGCUGCCGUGUUGAUUAUUGCAACGGUUGUUUUCUGUGCCAGAAGGAAUGUUGUGAGGAAACGCAAAGAGAGAAAGCAACUCGGUCCUCUUCUAGCUAUCGUUAACAAGUCCAAACUUAAUUUUUCAUACGAGACUCUUGAGAGGGCCACAAAUUACUUUGACCAGUCCAAUAAACUGGGACAAGGAGGUUCUGGUUCAGUUUAUAAAGGAACUCUAUCAGAUGGAAGAGUUGUAGCAAUCAAGAGGCUUUUCUUCAAUACAAGACAAUGGGUGGAUCAUUUCUUUAAUGAAGUGAAUUUGAUAAGUGGCAUUCGACACAAAAAUCUUGUUGGGCUGUUGGGAUGCAGUAUUACAGGCCCGGAAAGCCUUCUUGUUUAUGAAUAUGUGCCAAAUCAAAGCCUGCAUGAUUACCUUUUUGGUAACAAGAAUGUCCAGCCACUGAGUUGGGAAUCCAGGUUUAAGAUUGUAUUAGGCACAGCUGAAGGCUUGGCUUAUCUUCACGAGGAGUCAAAGGUGAAAAUCAUUCAUCGAGACAUAAAAUUAAGCAAUAUUCUGCUGGACAAUGAUUUCACUCCGAAGAUUGCUGAUUUUGGGCUCGCUAGAUUGCUUCCUGAAGAUAAGACACACAUUAGCACUGCAAUUGCUGGCACGCUAGGUUACAUGGCUCCAGAAUAUGUAGUGCGUGGCAAGUUGUCUGAAAAGGCAGAUGUUUAUAGUUUUGGAGUUUUUGCCAUUGAAGUUAUCACAGGAAGGAGGAAUGGUCACUUCUAUCAAGAUGCAACCUCCAUCUUACAAAGGGUCUGGAAUUUUUAUGGAGAGGGUAAGCUAUAUGCAGCUGUUGAUCCUGUUCUUGCAGGCAACUUUCCACGAGAUGCAGCAUCUCAAAUGCUUCAAAUAGGUCUGGUUUGUGUGCAAGCCUUUGCUGAUCUAAGGCCAUCUAUGUCGAUGGUUGUGAAAAUGAUUACAGAAAAUUAUGAGAUUCCCCAGCCAAAGCAACCUCCAUAUCUUCAUUCUUCAAGUGGAGAAGUAAAAUUCCAGAAUUCUUCAGGGUCAUCCAAACCCAUUCUGGAUUUGAAUUCAGGGUCUUCACAAACUAACAUGACUCAAAGCAUCAUCGAUCCUAGAUGAGCUGCGGCGUUCUUGUGAAAUUAUUUCUGAUCAUAUAUAUAGCAUACUCUUAUAUUAAACCCUGAUAGAUAACAGGUGAAGGCUUGCCAUAGUUUUCCUGAACUUGUCAUUCUCCCAACUCCCAACUUGCCUUCAUCGUCGUGUACAUUAUACGGUCUCGUGGAAAACAAGAAACGCAACAUUCUAAUCUCCACUGGUCGGAGGAUUGCAGGGUCGGUACCUGCCAAGUUUUAGAACACAAUUAGCUUCUAAUGAAUGGCACUCCAAGUUUGGUAAGUGCAAUUUGUAUGCUGUAAAUUCCAUAUAUAGUCCAUGUAAUAUGAUGUGAAGGAAAAUUUCGGCUUCUUGAGUUUUAUAAUUGUCUUAUUGUAUGAAGAAUAAGUAGACUGCCACCAUAUGAUAUAACUUCCCAAUCACGGUGCUUUACAUAACAGUAAAUUUCUGUGAUACAAUAUUUUCUAGAAUGUAAUCAUGAGAAAUUGUUCUUACUUUUUGUAUAUCCUAAGAGUUGGGUUUAGUAUUUGUGAACAUUGGAAACUUGGAAUUUAUUUUCUGUAUGUUGGUAACACAA